CCGCGGCGCCCAUGGCGGCCGAGCCGCAGGCGCUGACCCGCAAGCCCGUGCUGCUGCACAAAGUGGAGGGCUCGCAGGAGGUGGUGAACAUGGCAGCGAUCGUGCCCAAGGAGGACGGCGUCAUCAGCGUCUCCGAGGACAGGACGGUUCGUGUCUGGCUAAAGAGAGACAGUGGGCAGUACUGGCCCAGCAUAUACCAUGCGAUGCCAUCUCCAUGUUCAUGCAUGUCUUUUAACCCGGAAACCAGAAGGCUGUCCAUAGGUCUAGACAAUGGUACAAUCUCAGAAUUCAUUUUGGCAGAAGACUACAACAAGAUGACACUCGUAAAAAGUUACCAGGCUCAUCAAAGCAGGGUCAUGAUGAUCCUGUUUGUCCUGGAGAUGGAGUGGGUGUUAAGCACUGGACAAGACAAGCAUUUCACAUGGCACUGCUCAGAGAGCGGCCAGCGGCUCGGAGGGUACCGCACCAACGCCGGUGCCUGUGGCCUGCAAUUUGAUGUGGAAACUCGGCAUGUGUUUGUUGGAGAUCACUCUGGACAAGUGACCAUACUCAAACUAGAGCAAGAGUCCUGCAGCCUUGUUACGACGUUUAAGGGACACACAGGUGGUGUCACUGCUCUCUGUUGGGACCCAGUACAGCGAGUUUUAUUCUCGGGCAGUUCAGAUCACUCCAUUAUAAUGUGGGAUAUUGGAGGAAGAAAAGGAACAGCCAUCGAGCUGCAAGGACAUAAUGAUAAAGUGCAGUCUCUCUCAUAUGCUCACCACACUCGACAGCUCAUCUCUUGCGGUGCGGAUGGUGGCAUCGUUGUCUGGAACAUGGAUGUCGAGAGACAGGAGACACCCGAAUGGUUGGACAGCGACUCCUGUCAAAAAUGUGACCAGCCUUUCUUCUGGAACUUCAAACAGAUGUGGGACAGUAAGAAAAUAGGCCUCAGGCAGCAUCACUGCCGGAAGUGUGGGAAAGCCGUGUGUGGUAAAUGCAGUUCCAAGCGCUCCUCCAUCCCCCUGAUGGGAUUCGAGUUUGAAGUGAGGGUCUGCGAUAGCUGUCACGAGUCCAUAACAGAUGAAGAACGGGCACCCACAGCUACUUUCCAUGACAGUAAGCACAACAUUGUUCACGUACACUUCGAUGCCACCAGGGGAUGGCUAUUGACCUCGGGGACAGACAAGGUUAUUAAGUUGUGGGAUAUGACACCAGUAGUGUCUUGAUGAUACAUCUGUGGAACUUGAAAGGUGAUAUUUACAGAAGAAACAGAUUCCUAACCCUAAUUUACUGCAGAAGAUAGAUAAUGCAGGGCACCUAUGGCAGACGAGGAAGGAACUAAUGCGUUUACAACGAUUCUAUGUCCUCUGCUUGAUCAAGGCUGAACAUUUGCACGAAGACUCUUUCCACUUAUUCUCAAAAUAUACAAGAAGGUAUUUUUUUAAACUAAUGGUUUGUACGAUCUGACUGUGCUCAGUUAUCUUGAGUUUGUUUGGAAAAUCUGUGUGCAGUGCAAUUUUUAGUUUUUAUAUUUCAUUAUGUCAGAAUACUUGCUGCUUUGUACAGAAGGUUCUUGGGUUGCGUCUUACCAUGUGCGUUUUCAGUAUCAGCAUACUGUAUAAGGCAAUCGGAUCUCCCCCCAGCGAGCACCUAUUUAUUUGUGAUGUUUCUGCCAGCGAUGUUCUCCCCAGGAAGGAAGCUUCAGGCAGGGCGUUGCACGUUCUCUGUCACAUCGCUAAGGAUCAGAUGGACUCUGGCCAUUCCAAAAAGGGCUCUACCAUCUACUUGUCCGAGCCGAUGACAUCCAGAAAAUGUUUUAUUGUUUCGUGGUAGUUUAAAAUACCACUUCCUGGCUCUUUCUUUGCUGCACAAGUUGUAAAACCAGGGGGCAGGUUGCUUGGCAACUAAUUUCUACAAAAGCUGAAAUAGUUUUCCAGCUCAGAGCAUUUCAGGGAACACACAGGUCUGCUUGAAUUUGGUGAAGCUGACAGACUCUUCCAAAUUAAAUUAUAGGCACAGAGAGGGGGGUCUAAAACUGGUCUGGGUCUGGAAAGUCUUUUUUACCUCUACCUCGCGCAGCAACAUUUAAGCAUUUAUACCUGUCUCUGUUGUUGAAGAUGAUUUUGAUUUUCUUAUUUUCCAUAUGGUUAGUCGUAUUUAUUUUUUAAAUGCUGGUGUUUUUUUUUUUUUUUUUAAUUUCCUCUACAGACCAGAAACUGAUAUUGCUGAAUGACGCUCAUUGUCCAGUUGCCAUAUUUGGCAAUUUCUUUUAAAAACAAAAAGUAUUUAAAG